AUGUCCUCUCACCAUCUGAAAAUCAUCCCCGACAACACUGAACUACUUCUCUUCCCGGGAAAAGGUUCUUCCACCCAGGACUUGACUGUUAUCUUCGGCAACUCCGUGUUAAAGGCGACUCUGACCGCCAGGAACCUCAAGGAGCCACAACAACAGAUUCUGGCUCCUCCAGGUGAGAAGCCAUUUUUGUGCAAAACAUGUGGAAAAUAUUUCCAACAUAAAAAAACUCUGGUGGCCCAUGUGAAAAGAUUCCACGGUGUUGAUCAACCAUAUGCUUGCAACACCUGUGGGAAAAGAUUCAUGGAUAAAUCAGUAUUUAAAGUUCAUAAAAGAGUCCACCGUGAUGAAAAAAGAUUUUCUUGCAAAAUAUGUAGAAAAGUUUUUAAAUUUAGUAAUAGUUUAAAAGUCCACGUGAAAGUUCACACAGGGGAAAGGCCGUAUUCUUGCACCACAUGUGGCAAAACAUUCAGUUAUGCAUCAAGUUUAAGGGCUCAUACAAGAAUCCAUACUGGGGAGAAGCCACAUUCCUGCAACACCUGUGGGAAAACAUUCACUCAAAAAUCCGAUUUGAAUUCUCAUAAAAGAGUCCAUAGUGAUGAGAAACCAUUUUCUUGCCAAACUUGUGGAAAAUUUUUCAAAUGCAGUAAAGGCUUAAAAGUCCAUGUGAAAGUUCACACUGGGGAAAGGCCGUAUUCUUGCAUCACCUGUGGGAAAACAUUCACUGGGAAAUCACAUUUGGAGACUCAUACAAGAAUCCAUACUGGAGAGAAGCCAUAUGCCUGCAUCACUUGUGGGAAAACUUUCACUGAUAAAUCACAUUUGAAGUCUCAUACAAGAGCCCAUACUGGGGAAAAGCCAUUUUCAUGCACCACCUGUGGGAAAACAUUCCCUCGUGCAUCAAUUUUGAAGUAUCAUACAAGAGUUCAUACGGGGGAGAAGCCAUAUUCCUGCAUGACCUGUGGGAAAACAUUCACUGGGAAAUCACAUUUGAAGACUCAUACAAGAAUCCAUACUGGGGAAAGGCCAUUUUCUUGCACCACGUGUGGGAAAAAAUUCCCUCAUGCAUCAAUUUUGAAGUAUCAUACAAGAAUCCAUACUGGGGAGAAGCCAUAUUCCUGUACAAUAUGUGAAAGUGUUUUUAGAUUUUCUAGUAACUUAUUUGUCCACAUGAGAAGAAGCCACAAAGAUGAAAAGUCAUAAAUUCAACUUAUGUGAUGAAAUAUUCUGAGCAAUUGUUAAGAUAGAUUGGGAGUUGACGCUUUAGAACAGAACACAAAUGCUGCAUUUGGGGAAAAUUUUUCAGGGUCUUGACGUACAAAACCAUCCAGCCAAACCCCGACUGGAUGAGCGGUUCACUUAUUAAAUGAUUACUUGUAGAUUUUUCCAAUAAAACUCGAUUGUAAUAUCUUAGACAGUUCUUCAGCAACAAAAUGGGAUAUUUUUGCAUUUAUCUCUUUUUUUUCUUCAAUAUAACUUGUUACUUAAAUGUUUUUGGGGAAUUAUUUGAAAUCCCCCAAAUCUUUGUUGCACAUUGAACAUAU